UGUGACAUUUGCUGCAUGAAGCUAGUUUAUGAACAGCUAGCUGGAUAAAGAUGAAGACCCGGGGAAGGAAAUAGAACAAAUUAGCAUUUUAACAACUAAGCUUACUUUUGGGUUACACUUUGUUAUCGUACCCAUAUUAGGGAAGAUAAUUUAUUCAAAUGUAGCCUUUGAUCAAACUUCCUGUCAGGCUAACACACGUUAAAUAACAGUUAGAAAGCUAACACUUUUAACUUAUACUGUACAUAUUCCGGUUUAAGUAGUGUUUGUUUUUUGCGAUAAAAUGUUCAUAUUUAUCAGUUAACUUCGGGGUUUUUUGUAUUGUAGUAUGGGUGGACGAUAGCGCUUAAGCCGACUUGGCCCUUUUGCACACAAGGUUAACAUUAGCUUUAGCCAGCUAGCUCCUCUUGCUGCAGCUUCCUUACUUUGUUUUUGUACUUGUCAGGGCAGGUGUGCUGAACGCAGGUCAGGUAUGCUUUGGGAUUGAUAGGGUCUGCAACCUAAACAAAGAGUGAGUCCUACAGCCUAUAUCAGGGAUCGUUUUAGUUACUUUAGUGGAGCCAGAGGUGGGACCAUGCUGCUCUCCUUGGUUGUGCACACAUACUCGCUGCGGUACUGGUUUCCAGCCACGGUCAUGCUGGGGACAGCUCCAGCUUACUUGCUGUCAUGGGGAGCAUGGCGUUUAUUUUCCACAGUUUUACCAGCAAGGGUGUAUCACAAGUUGGAUGAUCGGUUGUACUGCAUGUACCAGAGUAUGGUCCUGUUCUUCUUUGAAAACUACACUGGAGUGGAGGUUGUGAUAUACGGAGAUAUACCAAAGAACAAAGAGAACGUGAUCUACUUGUCUAAUCACCAAUGUACAGCUGACUGGAUCAUCGCGGACAUGCUGGCCAUCAGGCAGAGUGCCCUUGGCCACGUCAGAUACGUCCUUAAAGACGGCCUCAAGUGGCUCCCGCUGUACGGAUGGUAUUUCUCUCAGCAUGGAGGAGCCUACGUGAAGCGAAGUGCAAAGUUCAAUGAAAUAACGAUGAAGAAGAAGCUUCAAACUCAGACUAAAUGUGGAGCACCAAUGUACCUCGUCAUCUUCCCUGAAGGAACCCGGUAUAAUCCGGAGCUCAAGAGUGUUAUCGCUGACAGUCAGGCUUUUGCUACCAAAGAAGGACUGGCUGUCCUGAAGCACACACUGACACCCAGAAUGAAAGCCUCUCACAUCGCCCUCAAUGCUAUGAACGACCACCUGGACGCCAUCUAUGACGUCACAGUUGCCUACGAGGGAACUCUGAGCGCCUCCGGUCAGAGAAAACCUGCACCAUCAAUGCCUGAAUUCCUGUGCAAAGAAUGUCCCCGAGUCCACAUAUACUUUGACCGCGUGGAUAUAAAGGAAAUUCCUUCAGAGCCACUGUUUUUCCGCAGGUGGCUUCACGAGCGGUUUGAAAUCAAGGACCGGCUGCUGACGGACUUCUACGAGUCGGAGGAUGCAGACAAACUACGCACGUUCCCCGGGGAAGGCAGACAUUCCCCUCUGAGCCUUUCUAAAACCCUCCCGUCGAUGAUUAUCUUGGGGGGGCUGACACUGCCGUUGCUGCUGACGGAGAGCGGCAGGAAACUGUACGUGAGGACCUGGCUGUACGGGACUCUGCUGGGAUGGCUGUGGGUGAAUGCUUUCCCUUAACCAGGCAGGCAGCGGCUGCCACGAUGAGACGCACAAAAGACAUGAAGAGACCUCGCCAUUUUCCUGCAUCGCAAACAACACGAGGUGUGUUCCGGAUGCAGCGUCUGAUGAGAGGCUCCGAGAUUUACCCCUCAUGUCUUGCUCAGUGUUGACCUUGAGCUUAAGCUGAACAGAGAUAUGGAGAAAUGUGAAGCUUUUUGUGCUACUUGUUGCCUCGCGUAAUUUGGAUUUGCAGCCUGAAAUAAGGAAGUAAAAAAAUGAGUGGUUAUGCUGAAAAGUAUUAAAAUCCUCAAAAUAGCCCUUGUAAUCAAUCUAUCAAAUAAAGAAAAAUGCUAUAUACUUAUCUUAAAAAUAAUUCCCCCUUAUUAGAUUUAGCCAAAUUAGUAUUCAUGCAUGCUCAUUUUCCCAUCAAGCAUUGGCCAGUUUUAAAUAUGACGUAUAUAUUAUUGAGAACAAAUUGGGCUGAAAACAUGUUCAAUGAUCAUGUCCAGCGACUCCAUGUAGCUGCCGCGAUACACCAGCCUACUGAUGAUGCAUCAUUAAUUAUUAAAGUGCACUGAAUCUUUGAGGUUGGUUGUAAUGUUAUUUACGCCAAGGUCCAUGUUCGAGGUUAAUGCACUUUGCUCAUUUUAAGUGAUAUUUUUACAUGAGUAAAACAAAGUAGAGAGGAUGCGGUCCUCUGUAGGGGCUCAUGAACACCAGCUGCAUUGUUUACCAUAAAUAUUAACGAGACGCCACUUUGUUUUAUAUUCUGAUGAUGAAUGUAGCUGUUAAGCAGCCUCAUUUAUGCAUAUAUAAUAACGUUAAUGGGUUUUUUUAUUUCCAAGAUUUUGAUUUGACAAAUAUUUGUAUCCUUAAAGAAGUUUAAUGUAUAAAUUUCCGAGUCUUUGUUGCAGAAACACUGGGAGAUGCCACAGUGAGCUCACAUGGAGGAAUGCGUCUGUUUCAAAACAACUGUUCCAAUAUUGCUUUAACCUUUAAACGUUGACCCUUGCCAAAACCCGGUGUUAUUUACCAUGAUCUUCUACAGGUGUUUUGUUUUUUAGCAAUACUUGUUUAAUGCCAGCCUGGAUGACAGCAGAGAUAUUUUUGGGGCCUAUAUACAUAAUAAUCAGUUAUUUUAUAAUGGUUUAUUCAGAGUUCCAUAACUUUUAUAUGCAUUUAUUACUUUGAAUACCACGUUACAGCUCACACGAAAGUGUCUACCUAGCAAAAAGCUGACAAAGCCAUGUAAACAGUAUAUCGCAGGUUCCUGUGCACUCAAAGCCAUUUGUAUUAUAAAUGUCACUGUAACGUUAAAGCACUGUAUGUUCAUUGUUGUUGUUUACUGUGAUGAAACCAUUGCAUUUUUCCACGAGUCACUUUACAUGUUUGCUUUCUCGUCAUUGUGUAGAGUUGGUCUGAUAUGUUUUUUCUCAUGGUACAGAAAAUCAUACCUUUUACAUGUCGCUCCGAUACCUCACUUGAAUAAUCCUUCCUUGUUCUUAAAUGCCUCUUGUCAGCCAUUUUGUAGUCAUUUUUAUCCAGACAAGAUCAGACUGUACCUCAUCAGGAAAUCUCUAUGUAGACCGUAUUUAAAUGCCAGCGGAUUUUGGAAAUGUGUGCCUUCUUUUUGGAGGAGUUGGUCCUCAGCCCUCUCUCUCACGGAGGGCCACAGUGGCUCUUUUCCACCGGGUGACUGCAUGGAAGCAUGCGGUCACAUUGUCUACAGUUCAUAGUGGCUUAUUUUGCUUGAAGAAUGCAUUGAUUUUCACUUUUUGAAAACUAUUAUUAAACAAUGAAUCCUUUAACGUGUAUGUGAUUUCUGGAAAUGGGGUAGAGUGAAAUAAAAUGGUUUUCUUUGGGGAGAGUCACAUUUCCUUUGUUCAUUUACUGUUCUGAAAACAUAAUAAUUAAAAGUAUAUCUAAUUA